AUGGAGAAGAACUACAGUCUUUUGAACUGGCCGCGAUCGACUAUAGGACUCAUUUGGGGACAAGAGUGCGAGGAGGCCACCGCCAGCAUCAUCCCCGACGUUUACAGAUUCGGCAUAUCUGGUUUGUGCAGGGUGACAGAUGGCAAAACAAAAUGCAAAAGUCAAUUUCCACCAACACUCAAUCUCGCACAAGCUGUCCUGCAAGACCUCGACGAGGCAGGCAAAGAUGGAGCGUCGAUAGACUCGACAACACUGGAGAAGUGCCGAGAAGCAAUCGACAAGCCCAUAAAUCACGGUAUGGCGAAGAAGCUCGGCAUAGUAAUGAUAUCCUUCAUCAUCGCUUCCGUCUUCAUCAACAUUAUCUCCCUCGUCGUGGCAGCCGCAAGCGGGUCGGCAUUUAGUAUAGCAUCCACCGCCGUGCUAGCCACAGAUGCUUUAUUCAUCUUCACCAGCAUUAUCUUGUGCAUCGCCAUGAUGAACUUUGAAGGCGGUGGGUACCUGAAGGAGGUCAAUGGGCGGGAAUUCUCGGACAGAGAAAUGAUCGGGAUAGCGAUUUGGAUGCUGGUUGCCAUGCUCAUCGGUCGCGUGUUGUCAAAUUUCUGGUUGAUCAUUGGCGCUAUCUGUAUUCUGCUUCCUAUUGCGCUGGUGUUUGUUCUAUUUCUUGUACGCACUCGGGGUUUCUUCGCUGUUGUUCGCGCCGCUACAGCAGAAUAG